UGUAAAACCGUUACACAGAGACGGGGCUCUUCAGUUCACUCGUUUCACGAACACUGUGUGAAGAGGUUUAUAGUUACUCGUCGUCUUUAAGUUAUUAACAAAAUGAGGGAAAUUGUACACAUUCAAGCUGGACAGUGCGGAAACCAGAUUGGUGCAAAGUUCUGGGAAAUCAUCUCAGAUGAGCACGGAAUUGACCCAACUGGAGCGUACCAUGGAGACUCAGACCUCCAGUUGGAGAGGAUUAAUGUAUACUACAAUGAGGCCUCUGGUGGAAAGUAUGUCCCACGAGCAAUUCUGGUGGACUUGGAGCCAGGUACCAUGGAUUCAGUGCGAUCUGGACCCUUCGGCCAGAUCUUCCGACCAGACAACUUUGUAUUUGGCCAAAGUGGAGCAGGCAACAACUGGGCAAAGGGUCACUACACUGAGGGCGCUGAGCUCGUAGACUCAGUUCUGGAUGUCGUCAGGAAAGAGGCGGAGAGCUGCGAUUGCUUACAGGGAUUCCAGCUAACACAUUCUCUUGGAGGUGGUACUGGCUCCGGUAUGGGAACACUCCUUAUCUCAAAAAUCAGAGAAGAAUACCCCGACAGAAUCAUGAACACAUAUUCCGUUGUCCCCUCACCUAAAGUAUCUGAUACCGUAGUAGAACCAUACAACGCCACCCUCUCAGUUCAUCAGCUUGUAGAAAACACAGACGAAACUUACUGCAUUGAUAAUGAAGCCCUGUACGACAUCUGCUUUCGCACACUGAAACUGUCCACACCUACCUACGGAGAUCUGAACCAUCUGGUGUCCCUCACAAUGUCUGGCGUUACCACCUGCCUGAGGUUCCCCGGUCAGCUGAACGCAGACCUGCGUAAGCUGGCUGUGAACAUGGUGCCCUUCCCCCGCCUUCACUUUUUCAUGCCCGGAUUCGCGCCCCUAACAUCUCGUGGCAGCCAGCAAUACCGAGCUCUCACAGUGCCCGAACUGACACAGCAAAUGUUCGAUGCCAAGAACAUGAUGGCUGCCUGUGACCCCCGACAUGGUAGGUACCUCACCGUUGCUGCAAUCUUCCGAGGCAGGAUGUCCAUGAAAGAGGUGGACGAACAGAUGCUCAACAUCCAGAACAAGAACUCCAGCUACUUCGUUGAAUGGAUCCCCAACAAUGUAAAGACUGCCGUUUGCGACAUUCCACCCAGAGGCCUCAAAAUGUCUGCCACCUUCAUUGGAAACUCCACUGCUAUCCAGGAACUCUUCAAGCGAAUCUCCGAACAAUUCACUGCCAUGUUCAGAAGGAAGGCUUUCUUGCACUGGUAUACAGGCGAGGGCAUGGAUGAAAUGGAAUUCACAGAAGCUGAAUCCAACAUGAACGAUCUGGUCUCUGAAUACCAACAAUACCAGGAGGCCACAGCUGACGAAGAUGCUGAAUUCGACGAAGAACAGGAAGCUGAGGUCGACGAGAACUAAGCCUUUUCACUCCAACCCAUUCUUCAUUUCUUCUUUCCCCCUUUCUUUCCCAUUACUUUUACUUUCCCAUUACCUUUACUUUUCCAUUGACUUUUCAUAACUUUUGUAUUAAAAUCACAUCUGAAUGCAUUCCUGAACUUCAAGUGUUUAUUUAUCUUUAAGAACAAACUUUUGUAUUAAAUCAAAUAUGCAUUCCUUUGUGUUUAUUUUUUCAAUUGAAUAAAACGGAUACCAGUGACAA